AGAUGCGUUAAUCGAAGGAAACACAUUCACCAAACAAACGUAUCCCUAAAGGGGGAACAAACAGUAGUAGUACUAGUAUCUAGUCAUUCACAAUGGAGCGCAAUUUUUCAUCAUCUGCUGGUUUUUUUCUGCUUGUAAUCGUUUGUUUCUCAGCACUGUUUGAGAUAUCAUCAACGGAAGCUUUUUGUGAAAAUGCGGAAACACAAGAUGUGUACAAUGCCGCUGAUUGCACAGCUUGCCAAAAUACAUGUCUAAGAGUAUGCGCGGCCAAAGGAAGUUCAUAUACUACACAACAGUGCACACCUAAAACCGGCACUGCAACAUACGCAACAUGCAAGUGUUGUUGUUCACCUACACCAUUCUCUCCACCACCACCUCCACCUUCCCCUCCGCCUCCGCCUCCAUCACCACCUCCACCUUCACCUCCACCAUCACCACCUCCACCUUCCCCUCCACCUCCACCCCCAUCACCACCUCCACCUUCGGCUGCUUGUGAGACUGCUCCAGUGGAAGUGUACAAUGCCCCUGAUUGCGCCACUUGCACAACAACCUGCAGUAGAGUAUGUAUGGCCGGAGGAACUUCACUUAUUGGAGAAGCAUGUGCGCCUCAAACCAAUACUACAGGAGUAUCAUGCCAGUGUUGUUGUUCAAGUCCACCAUCACCCCCACCAUCACCUCCUUCACCUCCAUCACCAUCUCCACCUUCCCCACCUCCAUCACCAUCUCCACCUUCCCCACCUCCUCCAUCCCCACCAUCUCCUCCAAGUCCAUGCCCACCACCAGCACCAGGCUGUGGAUGCGGCUGCGGAUCUGGAUGUGGAUGUUGUAACACGGAUAUUAACAUCCAGAUAUCGAUAAAAUCAGGUGGUAAUGCCCAAGUAACAAAAACCUCGUCAUCGUCCUCUGUUGGUCGUAAUGUCAAAGUAUCAACACCAUCGUCAUCACCUUCUUACGGUGGUACUUAUGAUGAAUUGUAAUAGAUACCACCGGUGGUACGAUGAUUGCCGUUUCCUACUUUAUUUCCAUUUCCACUAUGUAAUCUGUUUGCAAUGAAUCUUUUUGCUUAAUCAGUCCAUUUCUUUUUGCAAAAUAAAGUGUAUUGAGGAAACUACCUUGUAGUCCGGUAUAUCCCGUCGAGAAAGGAUUAGAGAGUUCAACCGGAGAAUCGGUGCAUUUGGUAACAUGUAACUUAAUAUUUACAACCGAUUUGAAAAUCAAUUGUGGAUUGUUAACUGGUAAAAA